AAGGCACCAUUGCGGAAAGAAAACAACCACUGUUCUGCGAUUGUUUUCCCUCAGCAUCGUCGACAGUUAAGCGAAUCUGGCAGAUUAAUCGAUUUAAUGAGAACACCAAUUUGACAAGACUUCAGAGAUUAUGAGCGUGGCGCUGCACUGUCAGGUUGGCCUUGACUUCUUCGAGUUUCUGAGAGAGACGCGGCGGACGUCCACCAAAGAGCGGAAUGAACUCAAGGCGAUCUAUAACACCGAGUUCAGGAACAGGAACGCAGGACUCAAAGAUCCCAACUUCAGUCGAGUCCUCUACGCUCUGAGAGUAUCUCAUAAAGUGUCCAUCCACCGAGGGAACGUGCGCUUCUACUCCAAGGUGAAAGCUCUAUAUCAAGAUCAGUGGCAGUCACACAGGGGCCAGCAGUCGUUACCUGUGCAGGAUGGAGGGGCCGGUCCCUGGCUGGUACAGGCCCCUGCGCUCCCAGAGAGCGGAGAGGCAGGAGUUCGAACCCGAAGAGAGCUGGCCAGUCUCCUGAUGCAGAAACUCAAGACAGCUAAGACUGAGUUCAUUUCUGAUAAAAAUGGUGUCAGUAUCACUGCCUGCCACGAGUUUAAGGAUGGGAGGAUUUCCUUGAGUGUGGAGAGCAAAAACGAGUAUCUGGUACAACUAUAUUUGGAGAAUACAGGAACGGACGCAGUGUAUUUCACAUAUUAUACUCCUCUGAACUGGAUCAGCUACUUGAGUUUGAAGGAUGUACAUAAAGUGACACGAGCCAACCCACUUUCAAUUGCACCAGGUUCCAGGUAUGAAAUCCAGGUCAUCUUUCGCACCAGCUUGGUUGGUCUCUAUCCAGCUACAUUGGCCUUUGAGUUCAAACCAGACUUGUCCACCUCCACCGCAUUCCACAUUGUGCGGUUUAUUGAAGUUGAAUGUAUCACCUCUUUGGGAAGGGAGCUGGCUCCCAUAGCCCCUUACAAACCCCACUCCAUCUGUGCUGUAACCUACCAGCCUCAAUGUCCUAUCGUGGAUGGGCAGCAGCCUGAAGGUUUGUCAGUGACGCACCUUAAAAUAGAGGUGAGGUUGGACAAGUAUGAGAUACCUGCAUAUAUGAACCAGCUCAUGACGUCUCUCAAACACUCCUCUUUCUCCGAUGCGAGAAGGGCCAUGCUGGAGAGCCCUCUCAGCAAGGAUAACUACUCAGAGAGGUUCCGUCUGCUGCUGUUUCUGGAAGAGCUUCAAAUGGCAGUGGAUAUGCAGAGAUAUAACAUUCCUAAUAAUGAGAGAGACUAUGCAACCAUGACCAGGGACACAUUCAACAAGAAACUUCUUGUUCUGGAGGUGCCUGGUGUGUCUGAGAACCGUCCGUCUGUGCUGCGAGGGGACAAGCUGCUGGUAUGCCCAAUGGAGGAAACGGGGGUGAAGUACUGUGGCUAUGUCCAUAGUGUACAGUUGGACAAGGUUAAAUUAGGCUUCAGUUCAAAGUUGUUGGACCGUUUCGUAGACGGCAUGAAGUUCAGUGUUGAAUUCACAGUGAACCGUCUGACUUCGCGUGUCCAGCAUAGAGCAGCAGAGAUGGUGUCUAAACACAGACUAGGAGAGGUUCUGUUCCCUACUGGAGCCUCCUCCUUAUACCAGCAGACAGAGCUACCAUCGCUAAGCCUCUUUGACAGACAGCUGGAGAGGAACCUAGAGCAGUUUACAGCUGUGAAGCACAUUGUAGCUGGCUCAUCCAGACCUGCCCCUUACCUGGUGUUUGGACCACCUGGCACAGGUAAAACAGUGACCAUGGUGGAGGCCAUCAAGCAGAUAGAGAAGACCCAGGCCUCCUGCCACAUCUUGGCAUGUGCUCCCUCCAACAGUGCUGCUGACUUGCUUUGUAAAAAGAUCAUAGUCCACAUGGAUAAGCGCAAGGUGUUUCGCAUGUACGCCACCAGCCGGGACCCACAAUGUGUUCCUGAGGAGCUUAAGGCUUGCUCUAACCUGGUAGGGGACACUUAUACAUUUCCCUGUAAAGAGGAUCUGAUGGAGUUUAAGAUCAUCGUCACCACCCUAUUAACUGCUGGAAGGCUGGUUACAGGAGGGAUUCCACCAGGCCAUUUUACUCAUGUAUUUGUGGAUGAAGCUGGGCAUGCUGUAGAAACUGAAUGCAUUGUCCCUUUGGCAGGGCUACUCCAGGCAGAGUCUGGCCAGGUUGUGCUUGCUGGGGACCCCAAGCAGCUUGGACCCAUUCUCAGAUCCCCCCUGGCACUGAAAUUUGGCAUGGGUGUGUCUUUGUUGGAGCGUCUGAUGAGGGAUUUCCCUCUGUACCAGAAGACUGAGGGUUCAUUCAACAACCACUUUGUUACCAAACUGCUUCGUAACUACAGAUCCCAUCCUGCCAUUCUGAAAAUCCCUAAUGAACGUUUCUAUGAUGGAGAGCUCCAGGUGUGUGCUGAUGAAAUUAUCCGCAACUCCUACUGCAGAUGGGAACACCUGCCUACAAAGGACUUCCCAGUGAUCUUCCAUGGGGUGGUGGGUCGUGAUGAGCGUGAGGCCAACAGUCCCUCAUAUUUCAAUGUUGCAGAGGUGGAAGUGCUGAUGGACUAUGUGAAGAAGCUGCUGGAGACACAGGGCAAGAAGAGCCUGGCUACCAUCUCACCCAAAGAUAUAGGCAUCAUCGCCCCCUACAGGAAGCAGGUGCAGAAAAUCCGUAAGGCCCUUGAAAAAGUGGAGAAAGAUCUCAAAGUGAUGAACAUGCAAUACCUAAAGGUGGGAUCAGUUGAGGAGUUCCAGGGUCAGGAGAGGAAGGUGAUGCUGGUGUCAACAGUUCGCAGCAGCGUUAAGUAUAUGGAGAUAGACCAAAAGUUUUGCCUCGGCUUCGUCAAGAAUGAGAAGCGAUUCAACGUGGCUAUCACUCGUGCCAAAGCACUGCUGAUUGUGGUGGGGAACCACAGGGUUCUGGAAUCAGAUCCUAUCUGGAAUGAGUUCAUCCAAUAUUGCAGAGGACAAAGAGGCUAUGAUGGUUUCUACCAUGAAGAGGAGGAAGAAGAGGUGGUAGCGAGACUUGCUGCCCUAUACAUCCACAUUGAUCCUCAAGCGGUGAUUGAAACUGCAGAGAGUGAGGUUCAGCAACAGCUGGAGCCAGAGUGGAGGAAUGAUAUGUGAGAAGGUGGACCUCAAACACCCAUCCUCCGUUCUUACAAAGAGAUUUUGAGGGGGACCCCCAUAGGCGAAUGGUUUGAGUGCAUACCACAUGACCCCAUGGUUGCAACCGUCGCCAGUUCAAAUCCAGCUGGUGACCUUUGUUGGAUGUCAUACCCCUCUCUGUCCCAUUCCUGUCUGCCUUCACUAUUGCUGUCUCAAAAAACAAAAAAAUAAUAAUAAAAAAAAAAAGAUUUUGAAUUUUAGUUGCCAUAACAUUUAGGUUUUAAAUUGGUUUCUCCAUUGGGUGCAAUUCAUGUCUGGUGAACCUACUUAAACCAAAUAUGUUAAGUGUCCUGUUGAGAUGCAUCACGUAUUGAAACAUGGAUAUGUUCAGCAGUCAACUAUUUUUCUUCUGCCACUUUAAUAACAGUAAUAAUUAGCUUUCUACAACCAAAAACACAAAUAAACGUUCAUAUGAUGUUUCUUAUAAGCUAAUGAAAUCAUGUCACUGUUAAUGACGAGACAUAGAGAUUGAUAUAAAUUCGUAAAAUUGUCAUAAUUGGUUUUUAAAUGAUUGAUAUAGACCCCAGUGUUGUGGUGCUCAAUAGCGUAUCCCUCUCGCCUGUUUUGUAAUCUGUUUAGCGGUUGGUGUGUUUGCACUGAAGAACCCUUUUUUUAGAACAAUCAUGUUGUUAUGCAUUUAAACCUGCAACACUGUCUCCAAAGAUCUUUAUGCUAAAGACUUCUCAGGUUGUUAUAUGAUGUAAUAAAAUUUGUAAUAUAUUCUGUGAAGUACUUACGUUGUAAUAAAUAAAUGAAAGCCAGGCUUCUGGUGGAAACGA